UGCGUUUCGUUGAUUUGGGGGUCAAAUGAGGUCAGAAAAAAGUGCGAUUUACACAACAUCGUGGAAUCUGUCUUCGUCUUGCUUUAUAGUCAAUGUUCUCAUCUCGCUGAGGUCUAGAGAAGAUAACGGUCGUCUUCACGACGACAAAAACAUUUUUGCUGAACUUGAACUUCGAAGUCUGCGUGCUUGAGGCAAAGAAAGAGAACGAAAACAGCAACAACAUGCCCAGUGAAACAGAGGUGGUUGAGCCCCCACUGAGACAUGUGGAGACUGAUGUGCUGAUUCCGAAGAUGAUGAGAGCAAAGGCGAAGGAAAGAUGUCACCAGGAGGUCAAAGAGUUUACAGACUGUUGUAAGGACAGUGGGCUGGGCAUGGUGCUGAAGUGCAGGACACAGAACAGUCAGCUCAGGGCCUGCCUCACCAAAUAUUACAAGGACCCAGAGUUCUAUGACAUGUGCAAGCAGGAGUACCUGCAGCAGAAGAGGGAGUUCCAGGAGACGGGCAUCCGCAAGUCCAGCAAAACAUCAUCCAAACUGCCCACAACUAUGUAGUACAGUAUAUGGGAUACCAGCAGUACAUUCAAGCAUGCUCUAGAAACCUGAUGGACUAAUGUUUAUGGUUUAGGAAGGUACAAAUGCAAGUUUCUAAUGAUUUUUUUUUCAUCCAGUGGAAAUCUGUAGUUGGCAACCUUUUGUUGGUCAAUACAAGUACUUUUUGUGUUUAAGUUGUUAUACAUAGAAACACCUGUUUCUGAAAUGAACAUUUCUAUUCAAAGUGUAUUAUUAUGUUAAGACAGUUUUUUUUCCAAAAGUUAGUAGUCUAAAGACAUGAAUUUGUGUUCUACAAUGCUAAUAGCCCUGAAAUCUAUUCGAAAUGAAUUCUUGUUGGUAAUACCCAGCUACCGGUAUAUCUGUGAUUCAAGUGUAGAGUUGCUUUCCAGUAAAUCUGUUAUCCACGAGUGAUGUUCAUGUAGCAAUUAUCAACAGUGUUGCAUUGAACAUGUCCAUUGUAACAAUACAUCGUCCAAAUGUACUGCCUUGAAUUAAAGACAUGGUCUGCCUACAUUUAGGUAGUGUUCAGUUCUUGCUUUUUUUUCCUGACUUGUACAGCUCUAACAUACAUAUGUAGGUGCUAUUUGGUAUUACAAAUUGUACCUUUCAUGUGUAUUAUAUAAUAAAGGCUUUAGAGAGU